CUGCGCGCCCCGCAGGCCCGCCCCUGCGGUGACGUCACCGCCCGCCCCUUGACCCCCGGCGGUCCCGCCCCCUCCCUCCCUUCCCGGGCUGGCGGCGUCUGAGGCGAUGGAGAUGUCCGACCCGGUGGCUGCACCUCCGGCCGAAGAGGCGUCCUGCUCUUCCUGGGGCGCCAGCAGUACAAAUACAAAUUUGCCAAUCAUGCCAACAGAAUCUGUGGAGAUUGAUGAUGCGUUAUACAGUCGACAGAGGUAUGUUCUUGGAGACACAGCAAUGCAGAAGAUGGCCAAGUCUCGUGUUUUCUUAAGUGGUAUGGGUGGUCUUGGUUUGGAAAUUGCAAAAAAUCUCGUUCUUGCAGGGAUUAAGGCACUUACAAUUCACGAUACAGAAAAAUGCCAAGCAUGGGAUCUAGGAAUCAACUUCUUUCUCUGUGAAGAUGAUGUUGCUAAUAUGAGAAACAGGGCGGAAGCUGUACUUCAAGAUAUUGCAGAACUAAAUCCAUAUGUUCAUGUCACAUCAUCUUCUGUUCCUUUAAAUGAAACCACAGAUCUCUCCUUCUUAGAUAAUUACCAGUGUGUAGUAUUGACUGAGAUCCAACUUCCAUUGCAGAAGAAGAUCAAUGACUUUUGCCGUUCUCAGCACCCUCCAAUUAAGUUCAUCAGUGCAGAUAUACAUGGAAUUUGGUCACGGUUGUUUUGUGAUUUCGGUGAUGAAUUUGAAGUUUUAGAUACAACAGGAGAAGAAUCGAAAGAAAUUUUCAUUUCAAAUAUAACGCAAGCUAAUCCUGGCAUUGUGACUUGCCUUGAAAAUCUUCCUCACAAACUUGAAACAGGACAAUUCCUAACAUUUCGAGAAAUUAAUGGAAUGACAGGCUUAAAUGGAUCUACACAACAAAUAACUGUGGUGUCACCAUUUUCUUUUAGCAUUGGUGAUACUACAGAGCUGGAACCUUAUUUACAUGGAGGCAUAGCUGUCCAAGUUAAGACUCCUAAAACAUUUUGCUUUGAACCAUUGGAGAGGCAGAUAAAGCAUCCGAAGUGCCUUAUUGCAGAUUUUAGCAAACCUGAGGCAUCUUUACAGAUUCACACAGCUAUGCUUGCCUUGGACCAGUUUCAGGAGACCUAUAGUCGCAAGCCAAAUAUUGGAUGCCAAAAAGAUUCAGAAGCGCUAUUGAAACUAGCAACAUCAGUAAGUGAAACCUUGGAUGAGAAGCCUGAAGUAAACGUUGACAUUGUGCGUUGGCUUUCUUGGACUGCUCAAGGCUUUUUAGCCCCACUUGCUGCAGUAGUGGGAGGUAUUGCCAGCCAGGAAGUAUUGAAAGCUGUGACAGGAAAGUUUUCUCCUUUGUGCCAGUGGUUAUACAUUGAAGCAGAAGAUAUUGUUGAACCCCUAGACAAACCUGAACGAAAAGAAUUUCUCCCACGAGGAGAUAGAUAUGAUGCCUUAAGAGCCUGCAUUGGAGACACUUUGUGUCAGAAGCUACAAAACCUGAAUAUCUUUUUAGUAGGAUGUGGAGCCAUAGGCUGUGAAAUGUUAAAAAAUUUUGCUUUACUUGGUGUUGGCACAAGCAAAGAGAAGGGAAUGAUUACAGUUACAGAUCCUGACUUGAUAGAAAAGUCCAACUUGAAUAGACAGUUCUUAUUUCGUCCUCAUCACAUACAGAAACCUAAAAGCUAUACUGCUGCUGAUGCAACCCUGAAAAUAAAUCCUCAAUUAAAAAUAGAUGCACACUUGAACAAAGUGUGCCCAGCCACUGAGGCUAUUUACAGUGAUGAGUUCUAUACUAGACAAGAUAUCAUUAUUACAGCAUUAGAUAAUGUGGAAGCCAGGAGAUAUGUUGACAGCCGUUGCUUAGCAAAUCUACGGCCCCUGUUAGAUUCUGGAACAAUGGGCACUAAGGGACACACUGAAGUUAUUGUACCUCAUUUGACUGAAUCCUAUAAUAGUCAUCGGGAUCCCCCAGAAGAGGAAAUACCAUUUUGUACUCUCAAAUCCUUUCCAGCUGCUAUCGAGCAUACUAUACAGUGGGCAAGAGAUAAGUUUGAAAGUUCCUUUUCCCAUAAGCCUUCAUUGUUUAACAAAUUUUGGCAAACCUAUCCAUCUGCCGAAGAAGUCUUACAGAAGAUACAAACUGGACACAGUUUAGAAGGCUGUUUUCAAGUUAUUAAGUUACUGAGCAGAAGACCUAGAAAUUGGUCCCAGUGUAUAGAAUUAGCAAGAUUGAAGUUUGAAAAAUAUUUUAACCAUAAGGCUCUUCAGCUUCUUCACUGUUUCCCUCUGGACACACAAUUAAAAGAUGGCAGUUUAUUUUGGCAAUCACCAAAGAGGCCUCCCUCUCCAAUAAAAUUUGAUUUAAAUGAACCUUUGCACUUCAGUUUCCUUCUGAAUGCUGCAAAAUUAUAUGCUGCAGUCUAUUGCAUUCCGUUUACAGAAGAGGACUUAUCAGCAGAUGCCCUCUUGAAUAUUCUUUCUGAAGUAAAGAUUCAGGAAUUCAAACCUUCCAACAAGGUUGUUCAAACAGAUGAAACUGCAAGGAAACCAGACCAUGUUCCUAUUAGCAGUGAAGAUGAGAGGAAUGCUAUUUUCCAACUAGAAAAAGCUAUUUCAUCUAAUGAAGCUACCACAAGUGACCUUCAGAUGGCAGUGCUUUCAUUUGAAAAAGAUGAUGAUAGUAAUGGACACAUAGAUUUCAUCACAGCUGCAUCAAAUCUUCGUGCCAAAAUGUAUAGCAUUGAACCAGCUGACCGUUUCAAAACAAAGCGGAUAGCUGGUAAAAUUAUCCCUGCUAUAGCAACAUCCACUGCUGCAGUUUCUGGCUUGGUUGCAUUGGAGAUGAUUAAAGUAGCUGGUGGCUAUCCAUUUGAAGCUUACAAAAAUUGUUUCCUUAACUUAGCCAUUCCAGUUAUAGUGUUUACAGAAACAUCUGAAGUAAGAAAAACUGAAAUCAGAAAUGGAAUAUCAUUUACAAUUUGGGACAGAUGGACUAUACAUGGAAAAGAAGAUUUCACUCUCUUGGAUUUCAUAAAUGCAGUCAAAGAGAAGUACGGAAUUGAGCCAACAAUGGUGGUACAGGGCGUCAAAAUGCUUUAUGUUCCUGUAAUGCCUGGUCAUGCAAAAAGAUUGAAGUUAACAAUGCAUAAACUUGUGAAACCCUCAACUGAAAAGAAAUAUGUGGAUCUUACUGUGUCAUUUGCCCCAGACUCUGAUGGAGAUGAAGAUUUGCCUGGACCUCCAGUAAGAUACUACUUUAGUCAUGACACUGAUUAACAGAAGUUGUCUUAAAGUUACUCCAGGACUACUUGAUUUUGGAAAGAGAACGCUUAAUUCAGAAGCUAAAAAAAUCACCUCAUAAUACUAUGGAUUUCUCUUUGAGGAAGCCUUAAUUUAAGGGAAAUAUCCCUUAAAUAUUAGAUAGGAAACUACACUGAAGAAUUGCAAAACAUUUUGGAGCAUAGUAUAUGAUCACAAGCAACUUUGAACUGGAAUGCCAUUUUAUAAUGCUUACAACAAAUUUGUGUAUUAACCUCUCUGGAUCAAAAGAAGGAAAAAAUAUGUAUCCAUGACCAGAAGAGAGAAAAGAUCAAGAAAUUGAAAGCAACAAAUGCAACUAUCCAAAAAGUGUAAUCCUAUUUUAUGAAUUUCUUUCUUUAGUAUUUGAGGCCUAUUUUUUUUAUACAAAUAGUGUUUGGCAUCUUGCACCUCUCAUAAUUAGACUUUGAAUUUAACAUCAGUGGGAAGAGGAGGAAUGGUAGCAGCAGAUGAAGAGUAGACAUUUUAAAUUGUACAGUUAGAAUUUACUGUCCUCUUACCUCUGCUAGUUUAACCCGAGUUUGUUGUAUUACUGUCUCCCCAAAAUCAAGAUCUUUGUUGAUAGCAUCAGUGUUGUAAGCCACAAGCAUUACGUCAGAUGACACGUGUUAACUUGGACUAAAUGUUAACAGUAUUAUAUGGACUCUGACAACCCUCUUAGAGAAUCCGUGAAUGUGAACAGAUAAAUGUGGCUAAUCAUUUGAUUCUUCAAUACACCUUCUAGUGUGGCUAUUUUAUUUAUUUGGAACUUUAAACCUGAUUCUCAAAGCAUAUAAAGCUGAAAGAUUUUGUAAAGGGAGUGUCCUUAGAAUUAGAUGAAAACUGGAAAUUAAAAAACCAUCACUAGUUGAGUCUUGAUUUUUUUUCUUCCAGCAACUUAAUGGGUAGAAAAAAAAUAUUUUAAAGAGAAACUUAUUAUUUUAUUCUGCAUUCCCAGAAAGGGAGUUGAUGAGGAUAAAAAUUUAUUUUUUUAGGUCUUUAUUAAUGGAAACUUUCUGUUUUCUAAUGUGAACUAUUGCAGAUGUUCAUAUAAGUGCUUACAUUAAAAUGACAUGAAGUGUACUCAACAUUGUAAACUCAGUGAAGACAGCAAAUGUUUCUUUUAUUUCGAAGACUGUCAUGCAUUCUAAAGCAAUUGGCAUUUUAUAACCACAGGAAGUCAUUUCCCUCUAGCAGUUUUUCCUCUGCUCUCCUGUUCAGACCAUUAAUAGAUACUUUGAUAAAUUAAAAAUUAAAUUCACAUCAGUAUUACCCCAAUUUGGUAUCUUUUUCUACUCUUUACUUAACUUUCCUUUUACUCUAUUUACAAAUAGUUUAAAUUUCUUUGUCAACCAGCUGCAUUGUUAUAUUAUUUUGUAAAAGUAUCAUCCAGUUGGGAAAAUAUAUUUAUUUGGAGGUAGAGGGUGAAUUCUUAUGAUUAAAAGAUAAUCUGCGUUGGGAGGUGGGAAAAAGUGGAUAGGAUAAGUUUGAAGGAAAUGGCUACCUUUGAAAUAAGCAGUUUCUGUUUACCAUAUCCUACUCUCUGCCAUUUGGCAUAUUGCAAAUUUAAUGCUUGAAAUUAAUACUACUUAAAAUUGAAUCCAGGAAUAUCAAAGCUCUAUAGCUUGGAACUUUGGAGGCUAGGAAUAAUAAAAGGACUUCUCUUUAAGAACCCUUUUCCCCACUUUCACUUUGUUUUGUGUUCUAUGACAAUAACUGAUAUUUUCUAGGUAGCCAUUCAGUAAUACUCAACUGUGAUCUAAUGCUUGCUUAUAUUUGAUCUAAAUCACCACAUCUCUUCAAAGGUAAAUUUAGAACCAUGCUAUCAGUUCUUAUUUAUACAGAUCACUGCUUUAGCAGAUACAAACAAAAUCAACAAGGAUUAAGUUCAUUUUGUGAUUAAACCUGGAGCCAUCUUGUCAUUGCUUUUUCUUUCUGUACGUGAUGGUUAUUGCCAUUAAUUUCUUCUAUUUAGUUUUACUAAGCUGGAAAGCCAGGGUAAAGUUAAUGACAAUUUUUUUCAUUGUCUGUUUUGUUUAUUUCUGUACCAUAAGAUCACUGUUGGUGAAUGAAAUACCAGGUGCAAAAAUUAAUGAUUUGAUUUUGUACGGUACCGCUGAGUAAUUUUUUACUUAUUAAAAAUAAAUUAAGAAAUUUGACAAUAUA